AAGUUGGAAGACAUUUUUAACUUUUUCUAAUAUUUUAUUUAUAGUUUAAAAAAAAAAAAAAAAGUUUUCAAUGUCGAGGGUUCUCGUGUUCAGCAACCUCAAAGUCAUCCAUUUCUUCAGACCAAGUUCAUAAAUAUGAAGAUUCUUGAUGACCAACAGGUAAAACUAUUUAACACUUUUUUGUUUGUUUUAAAUGUCUGCUUCAAACUACUUAGUGAAACGAACAUUGGCUUUAUCUGUUUUUAAUUUAAAUUAUUAUUUUAAAAACAAAAAUUGAAAUUGAGAAAUAUGACUUGCUAUAUCGCAGAUAUAGAUAUAUAAAUAACUUCCAAACUGUGGUUAAGAACUGCUUACAAAAAUAAAAUAUUUCUUCGAAACCAUACUGUUCAGACGUUGUGACUUACAUGUACAAAUUUUCUUUUGUGAAAUUUACAUUUUAUUCGCUGCAAUGUAAAAAAAGCCAUAAUUCCCUGUAUAAAUACGAGGCCCUUGUGAGCGCCAGGCCCGGGCCGUAUGACCCUGCUACUCCCCCUUAACUAUGAAAAGUCAUGGCCUCUUAGCAGUGACUUAGCUAGGGUUGGUGCCGCCAGAAGAGCAUUUUUCGGUCAAAGCUUUUUUUGCCGCCCCCUUCCACGUAAAAACUCUGCAGUUGGUCGAAAAUAUCGCCCCGUCAAUAUAAUGAACAAAGUGCCGCCCAAGGUGGAGGGCCCCCUCCGCACACCUUUUCUACGCCACUGCAUUGAAGAAUCUGACACAACUGGAAAUGUAUUUCUGUUUUCAUCCGCAUUAGAAAAUUUGUGUCUGAUGUCAUCUAUUCGGGUCUUGUUCGUAUCAGAGCCGUUCUUAGGAGUUUGGGGGCCCUAAGCAUGGAGCGUAGGUUGGGGGCCCUGGAAGGGGGGUCCGGGGGUGGAGCUCACUCGAGCUGAGGAGAAACCACCCACCACUGCGGCACCUUCAUUAUGCCUUCAUCAAUGUUUCCUCUUUGCUCGCGUGUAACCACUAACCCUGUUGAUAAUUCCGCCACUAGAGAAAAUAUGUAAUGGUUUAGCCAGCUAACCGAUCGCUUUUUUUUACUUUCCCAUUCCCUCGGCCAAGCCCCCAAAGCCCCCUCCCCCCCCCAAUGCUGCUUCCCUUCCCUCCCUCCACAUUCAACCCAGAAUGAUACAUUUCAAGAUGAAGCAGGUAACGUGACUGACACAGACGGCUGCAGUGCCAGUAUAUGUAAUGGUUUAGCCAGCUACCCGAUCGCUUUUUUUUACUUUCCCAUUCCCUCGGCCAAGCCCCCAAAGCCCCCCCCCCCCAAUGCUGCUUCCCUUCCCUACCUCCGAAUUCAACUCAGAAUGAUACAUUUCAAGAUGAGGAAGGUAACGUGACUGACACAGACGGCUGCAGUGCCAGUUAAAAAAAUAAAAACCGGGGUAUCUAGGGCGCCUCACGGGGGCCCACUCGCGUUCGGGGCCCUACGCGGAUGCGUAGUCAGCGUAUGCCUAAGAACGGGCCUGUUAGUAUACUCUUCAGAUCAGUGGUUCACAACCUAUGCUCGGCGAAGCCAUAAGGGCUCCGGGUGAGCUUCUCAGAGGCUCCACAGCCACCCCCCCCUUUACAAUACUCCUUUGCAUCAUUUGCUUUUCCGAGGAUUAAUUAGACACAAACAAUAUGUGUAAAUAAAACAAUACAUGUUCAGCUUUAAUGAGGUUUUACAAAAUACUAAUGUAGACGUUUCAGCGCAUGCCUUCGUCAGCACACAAAAAAACACAACAUUUAAAUCAGCAUUAAUUAAAUUUACACAAAAUAUUUACAUGUAUCCUACCUAACAUUUAAGAAAAAGGGUAGGCCUAAGAGUAACCCCCAAAAGCCCCAACCCCCCCCCCCCCACUCCCCUAAGAAAUCGAUUCUAAAAAAAGCUAUUGCGAAUCAAAACAGUUGAGAGCCACUGCUUGUUUUGAGGUACAGGAAAAGUGAGGACAAAAAUCGCGACUUAACAACCGUGAUGCAAGUCACUUAAAGUUAAUAGGCCGAUUAUUGACCAUUUUUUUUUUAAGCUACUAAAACAUCGCCAGCCUUCUUAAUAAAUCUUCACUAAUAACUGUACCAAAAAUUCCAUUAGGGCGUAAUCUUGGAAUAUAUAGUCUAAAUCUGAUCAUUUCAUCGGUGAUGAUGGCAUUAUUUUUUUUUCCUUUUGUUUAAAUACAGCAUAAAAGUGUACGGCGAAAGGCUGUGCAGCGUAAGAAGGAAAGAAAGAAAAUAUGGACAAAACGGGACAAGGAUCAAAUUGUUUUGAAAUGGAAUAACGCUCGCCCAAGACGAUACAUUUUCAAGUCCGUGCCUCCAACACGGAGAGAGGUAUUCAUCCAACCCUGGCUGCAGGUGUUUGCUGCGUACUUGAUUUUUUCAAUUAUCUUCUAUUAUUUAUUAUUAUUAUUUAUUAAUUUUUUAAAUGAAGUUUUCACCACUGGCUCCAUACCGCAAAACAACCACCACUCUUUGGAUCCGCGUUUUUUUGUCACGGACGUCCCAGCGAAGGGAAAAGAAACUUGAGCGACCCAGCAUCAAGAUCGGUGAGUGGGAGAGAAUCGCUGAUAACCGUCCCAGUUGGUGAACAGCGGUGAAUGUGGGAAUCCAACAUGCAGAGGAUGUCCGAAACAAAGCCCCUGUUGCAGGAAGGAGCAUCGCGGAAAGCCAAAGUAGAGAUGGGAAUCGAAUCAAAUAUAUUAUGUGAUAUGGUUGUUGAUAGAUAGUAUAUGUGAAUUGGUAGUUUAUAGAUUGUAAUAUGGAAGUUAAAAGAUAGUAUUUGUUAAUUUGCAGUUUAUAU